CGACAUCUUCUCCAACAACCAAAGCAACGACAUCUUCUCCAACAACCGAAGCAACGACACCUGCCCCGACAACAACUGAAGCAAUGACAGCUGUUCCCAAAACAACUGCAUCAACAACAGCAACUGUCCCCACAACAGCUGAAGCCACAACCACACCUGCCGGGACAACAACUGAAGCAACAACGACAUCUCCCACAACUGAGGGAACAAUGACACCAACCCCGACAACAACUGAAGUAACAAUGACAUCUCCAACAACUGAAACAACGACACCUGCUCCAACAACUGCUUCAACAACGACACCUGCUUCAACAACUGAAGAAACAACGACAUCUGCCCUAACAACAACUGAAGCAACAACGACAUCUUCUCCAACAACCGAAGCAACAACACCUGCCCUGACAACAACUGAAGUAACAACACCUGCCCCAACAACGACAACUGUCCCCACAACAGCUGAAGCCACGACAUCUACUCCAACAACUGCGGGUACAACAACUAUCUCCACAACAACUUCAUCAACUGCUGAAGCAACAACAACUGCAGAAACAACGACAUCUGCCCCAACAACAACUGAAGCAACAACAACACCUGCUCCAACAGCUGAAGCAACAACCACACCUGCCCUGACAACAACUGAAGCAACAACGACAUCUUCUCCAACAACCAAAGCAACGACAUCUUCUCCAACAACCGAAGCAACGACACCUGCCCCGACAACAACUGAAGCAAUGACAGCUGUUCCCACAACAACUGCAUCAACAACAGCAACUGUCCCCACAACAGCUGAAGCCACAACCACACCUGCCGGGACAACAACUGAAGCAACAACGACAUCUCCCACAACUGAGGGAACAAUGACACCAACCCCGACAACAACUGAAGUAACAAUGACAUCUCCAACAACUGAAACAACGACACCUGCUCCAACAACUGCUUCAACAACGACACCUGCUUCAACAACUGAGGCAAUAAUGACACCAACCCCGACAACAACUGAAGCAACAAUGACAUCUCCAACAAAUGAAGCAACGACACCUGCUCCAACAACAGCUUCAACAACACCACCUGCUGCGACAACAAGUGAAGCAACAAUGACAUCUUCUCCAACAAUUGAAGCAACAACGACACCUACUGCAACAACGACAACUGUCCCCACAACAACUGAAGCAACGACAACUACUCCAACGCCUGAGGCAACAACCACACCUGCCGGGACAACAACUGAAGCAACAACGACAUCUCCAACAACUGUGGGAACAAUGACACCAACCCCGACAACAACUGAAGCAACGACACCUGCUCCAACAACUGCUUCAACAACGACACCCACCGAUACAACAACUCAAGCAACAACGACAUCUUCCCCAACAAUUGAAGCAACAACAACACCUGCUCCAACAACGACAACUGUCCCCACAACAACUGAAGCAACGACACCUACUCCAACAACUGAGGCGACAACUACCACUACCAUAUCUACAACUACUACUACCACAUCUACAACUACCGCACCUACAACUGUAGCACUCAUUACAACAGCAGUGACUUUCAGAUCUCUUCAAAGCACAUUUACAAGUGACUUGAGCAAUCAAUCAUCUGCAGCAUUUAAAGAUCGAGUUUCAAUGAUAAAGACACAGCUUGAACCUGUGUUCCUAAAGGCAUUUCCUUCCUCCUUCAGUUCCUUGGACGUGGUGUCAUUCAGAAGUGGAUCAGUCAUCAAUGACAUGAACCUUCUCUUUGCAAGCACAUAUGUUCCUAAUAAUACUGAGAUUAGGGGUGUUUUGAUCAGUGAUUUAAACGUCACUGGCUUCGACAUUGAAAGGAGCUCAAUCACCGUGAAUGGCACUAUAUUUCCUGAUCUACCUGCUCCAACAACCGAAGCAACAACGACACCUGCUCCAACAACUGAAGCAACAACGGCUCCUGUCCAGACAACAACUCAAGCAACAACGACACCUGCCUCGACAACAACUCAAGCAACAACGACACGUCCGCCGACAACAACUGCAAAAACAACAACGCGUGCUCCAACAACCUCUUCUAAAACAACAAUAAGGACUGCAGCAACAGUGUCAAAAACAACAACACGUACUCCAACAACUGUACAAACAACACGUUCUAGAACAACAACUUCUCCAAAAACAACAAGAAGAACUGCAGCAACAACAGUGUCAAAAGCAACAACACGUGCUCCAACAACAACUUCUUCAAAAACAACAAGAACUGCAGCAACAACAGUGUCAAAAACAACGACACCUGCUCCAACCACUGCUUCAACAACGACAUCUGCCGCAACAAAGACUGAAACAACAACAACAUCUUCCCCAACAAUAGAAGCAACAACGACACCUGCUCCAACAACGACAACUGUCCCCACAACAACUGAAGCAACGACACCUACUCUAACAACUGAGGUGACAACGACACCUUUUCCAACACCUGAGGCAACAACCACACCUGCCCGGACUACAACUGAAGUAACAACAACAUCUCCAACAACUAAGGAAACAACAACUGUCCUGACAACAACAGCAUCAACUACGACACCUGCCCCAACGACAACUGAAGCAACGACAACUGCCCCGACAACAACUGAAGCAACAAGGACACCUGCUCCACCGACUGAGGCAACAACACCUACUCCAACAACUGCCGAAACAACGACAUCUGCCCCAACAACAACUGAAGCAACAAUGACACCUGCUCAAACAAUUCAAGCAACAACGACACCUGCUCCAACAGCUGAAGCAACAACCACACGUGCCCUGACAACAACUGAGGCAAUAACGACAUCUUCUCCAACACCUGCUCCAACAGCUACGCCAACAACACCUACUCCAACAACUGCCGAAACAACGACAUCUGCCCCAACAACAACUGAAGCAACAAUGACACCUGCUCAAACAAUUCAAGCAACAACGACACCUGCUCCAACAGCUGAAGCAACAACCACACCUGCCCUGACAACAACUGAGGCAAUAACGACAUCUUCUCCAACACCUGCUCCAACAGCUACGCCAACAACAUCUACUCCAACAACUGCAGCAACGACACCUGCUCAAACAACAACAACUGUCCCCACAACAUCUGAAGCAACGACAUCUACUCCAACAACUGCUUCAACAACGACACCUGCCCGGAAAACAACUGAAGUCACAACGACAUCUUCCCCAACAAUUGAAGCAACAACGACACCUGCUCCAACAGCUGAAGCAACAACCACACCUGCCCUGACAACAACUGAAGCAACAACGACACCUACUCCAUCAACCGAAGCAACGACACCUGCCCCGACAACAACUAAAGCAACAACACCUGCUCCAACAACGACACCUGCCGUGACAACAACUGAAGCAGCAACGACAUCUUCCCCAACAACUGAAGCAAUGACACCUACUGCAAUAACUGAGGUGACAACGACACCUGCUCCAACACCUGAGGCAACAACCACACCUGCCCGGACAACAACUGAAGCAACAAUGACAUCUCCAACAACUGAAGCAACACCUGCUCCAACAACGACACCUGCCGCGACAACAACUGAAGCAACAACGUCAUCUGCCCCAACAACUGAGGCAACGACACCUGCUCCAACAACUGUGGGAACAACAAUAAGUAUCUCCACAACAACUGCAUCAACAACUGCUUCAACAACGACACCUGCCGUGACAACAACUGAAGCAACAACGACAUCUUCCCCAACAGCUGAAGCAACAACAACAACUGAAGCAACAACUGUCCCGACAAUAACUGCAACGACAGCUGCCCUAACAACAACGACACCUGCUCCAACAGCUGAAGCAACAACCACACCUGCCCUGACAACAACUGAAGCAACAACGACAUCUUCUCCAUCAACCGAAGCAACGACACCUGCCCCGACAACAACUAAAGCAACAACACCUGCUCCAACAACGACACCUGCCGUGACAACAACUGAAGCAACAACGACAUCUUCCCCAACAACUGAAGCAAUGACACCUACUGCAAUAACUGAGGUGACAACGGCACCUGCUCCAACACCUGAGGCAACAACCACACCUGCCCCGACAACAACUAAAGCAACAACACCUGCUCCAACAACGACACCUGCCGUGACAACAACUGAAGCAACAACGACAUCUUCCCCAACAACUGAAGCAAUGACACCUACUGCAAUAACUGAGGUGACAACGACACCUGCUCCAACACCUGAGGCAACAACCACACCUGCCCCGACAACAACUAAAGCAACAACACAUGCUCCAACAACGACACCUGCCGUGACAACAACUGAAGCAACAAUGACAUCUUCCUCAACAACUGAAGCAAUGACACCUACUGCAAUAACUGAGGUGACAACGACACCUGCUCCAACACCUGAGGCAACAACCACACCUGCCCGGACAACAACUGAAGCAACAAUAACAUCUCCAACAACUGAAGCAACACCUGCUCCAACAACGACACCUGCCGCGACAACAACUGAAGCAACAACGACAUCUGCCCCAACAACUGAAGCAACGACACCUACUCCAACAACUGAGGUGACAACGACACCUGCUCCAACAACUGAGGCAACGACAACUGUUCCCAGAACAACUGCAUUAACAACUGAAGCAACAACGGCAUAUCCAACAACUCAGGGAACAACAAGUGUCCUGACAAUAUCAGCAUCAAUGACACCUUCCCCAACAACAACUGAAACAAUGACGACAACUGCCCCGACAACAACUGAAGCAAUGACAAUUGCCCCGACAACAACUGAAGCAACGACGACACCUGCUUCACCAACUGAGCACGACACCUGCGCCAACAACUCAGGGAACAACAAAUGUCCUGACAACAACAGCAUCAACAACAACACCUGUCCCGACAAGAACUGA